UAUUUAUCGUCUCGCCAGAUUUUCAAGGCAAGCCAGUCAGACCGGAAGUACAGCCAGUUUUUCUGUCACCGCGCAGAGGGAAGCAGUCAGCGCCUAGUGAGGUCAUCUGCUUCAAGGUGCACCUGAACAUCGCCUGUGGUGUUUUAACGAGAAGUCAGAUAGGAUGUCUGGAGAUUUGCCCUUGAAUAUCAACAUUAAGGAACCACGAUGGGACCAGGGCACAUUUAUGGGCCGAGCUCAGCAUUUCUUUAUGGUGACGGACCCCAGAAACGUGCUGCUGUCCAGUGAGGUUUUAGAGGAUGCCAGAGUUACUGUGGAGAACUACAGGUUGGGGGUUGUGAAGCCUGGGCUAACAGAAGAUGCACUAUGGAGGGCCAAAUACAUCUACGACUCCGCUUUCCACCCAGACACAGGAGAGAAAAUGCUGCUAGUUGGACGCAUGUCUGCACAAGUGCCCAUGAACAUGACCAUUACAGGCUGCAUGCUUACCUUUUACAGGACCACCCCAGCAGUGGUGUUUUGGCAGUGGGUUAACCAGUCCUUCAAUGCUGUUGUCAACUACACUAACCGCAGUGGAGAUGCACCAAUCACUGUCAAUCAGCUUGGAGCAGCAUAUGUCAGUGCCACCACUGGAGCAGUAGUAACAGCACUUAGCCUGAAGGCUCUCACCAAGCACUUGCCAGCUAUUAUCAGCCGUUUUGUACCAUUUGCUGCAGUGGCAGCAGCAAACUGUAUUAACAUCCCCUUCAUGAGACAAAGAGAGCUGAAGUGUGGUAUUCCUGUUACUGAUGCUGAGGGAAAACGUCUCGGAGAAUCAACUAAUGCUGCUCAGCAAGCCAUCGUACAGGUGGUGGUGUCUCGAAUUGGCAUGGCAGUGCCAGCCAUGGCUAUUCCGCCUGUUAUCAUGAAUGCCUUAGAGAAGAAAGCCUUCCUGAAGCGUUUCCCAGUUCUGAAUGCCCCUUUACAAGUUGGACUUGUUGGAUUCUGUCUGGUGUUUGCCACUCCGCUGUGCUGUGCUCUGUUCCCACAGAAGAGUUCUAUGAAGGUGAGCAGCCUGGAGCCGGAGCUUCAAGAGAGCAUACGACAAAGCAAUCCUCACAUCAGCACUGUUUAUUUCAACAAGGGUCUGUAAAAAGCAUUAGCCCGAAGCCCAUGCUGAUGUCCUCCAUUGCACUGGAGAUUAGUGGGCACGACUUGAAGGAUAGAACAUAUUUAUUUUUGUUUUUCUGCUCCGAGUUCUAUAUUUUUGUCAGUUUUACCCAUGUUAUCGUACUAUCCUAAAGGAUUAUAUGUACAGUGAAGGCUAGAACCUGCUGCUGGAUUUAGUUAAAGAUGCUUGAAUGUUAUCUGCUGCAUUGAUGCUUCUCACCCUAAUCUUGUGUUAACAGCACUCGCAUAUAGACUCAUUUAUCAGUAUAUUUAGUACUUUGAUUUAGUCUAGACCAGUGUUUCUCAACCACGUUCCUGGAGGCCCACCAACACAGCAUGUUUUGGAUGUCUCCUUUGUCAUACUCAUUACAGGACUUUCAGUCUCUGCUAAUGAGCUGAUGAUCUGAAUCAAGUGUGUUUGGUUAACAAGACAAGGAAAAUGUGCAGAGCUGGUCGUCCUCCAGGAACGUGGUCGAGAAACACUGGUCUAGACUAUCAUAUGCAUAUUGUUUUGUUUUCUAUUAGAUUCACUAGUGUUGUUUGGCUCAGAACUUUCCAGAUUGUCUCCAACUCUACUCCUACAGUGAACACAGUUACAGAAAUCGAGUGUAUUCUGGCAUGAGUGUUUCCACCUUUCGUGCUCCAUUAUGUGCCUAUGAAAAGGGUAAAUCUUCCAGAAAUUAGUAUUUGAUUUUAGUUUACUCAGUCCAUCGGGAAACUGGAUUUUUUUAAGCUAAAACCAUGGUCCUUGGUGAUAAAAUUCAAGUUAAAGGGAGAGUUGACAAUUUUGCCACCAUGUACUCUUUUACUUGACGACUCCUAAACCAGUUUGAGUUUCUGUUAAACUCAAAAGAAGAUAUUUUGAACAAUGUUGGAAAUCUGUAACCAUUGACUUCUGUAGUAUUUGUUUGUCCUAUUAAGGAUGUCAAUGGUUACAGGUUUUAAUUUAUUCACAAUAUCUUAAUUUGUGUUCCAGAGAACCAAAAAAAGUCAAGGGUGAGUAAAUAAUGGAUUUUUAUUUUACUGAACUAUCCCUGUUAAGGUUACCAGCACUUUUGAGUGUCAAAAAGAUAUUUAGGCAACACGAAAUUAAUGAUAAUUGAUGCAUUAAGUCUUAUGAAUUAUCAAUCUAUGCAAGAAACUAUGUAAGAAUCAUUAAAACUCUGAAAGUGCCUUUAUAUGGAGUCAGUCUAGGGCCACAUAUACUUGCAAAAUAAAGAAAGUUUUGCAAACAAAAAAUAAAGUAUUGAGCAAAAAAAAUUAUUAAAUGCCAAUUUAAUCGCAAAAAUUGCAAUCUCCAAAAAUCGCAGUUCGAAAAAUAAUUUGAGAAAUAAAAAUGUAUUUUGCUAAAAAAAAAUAAUAAUAAAGAACUGCAAAGGUAAAAUUAAGUUUUGAGGAAUGAAAAUGAAAUUUGCAAAAAAAAAAAAAAAAAAAAAAUCAAGCAGUGGAAAAAGGCUAAAUUAUUUGCAAUUAAAAAAAAAACAACUAUAUAUUUGCAAACAUUUUUUAUAGCAUUGCUUUUACAAAACCCAUCCAGUCGAUUGCAAUUCCCAGACCUACUGGGCUGUAAGACCACCUCAGUGAGACUGUGUCUCCAGGUGAUGACGUUGUUUAAAUGGAGGCUGGUCCAGGCCUGCUGUAAACGCCCAAGUUCCUUUGACUCCGCCCCCUUGUCAAAUCAGGGCCGCAAAGUGAAAACACUCACGGCUGACUAAAAAAAACUAUUCAAAAUGAACAUUGCAAUGGACUGGACUGGUUUUGAAAAGGCAAUGCUAAAACAUUUUUUUACAAAUAUAAAUCUUUUUUUUUAUUGUAAAUUUGUAUUUAUUUUAUUUUAUUUUUUUUUUGCACUGCUUGAUUUGCGGUUCUUUUGUUUGAAAAUUCCAUUUUUAUUUCUCAACUUAAUUUUCCCUUUGCACUCCUUUUAUUUUUGUUAGCAAAAUACAUUUUUAAAUUUCAUUUUUAAUUAUUAUUAUUAUUAUUAUUAUUAUUAUUAUUAUUAUUAGAUUUGCAUUUCAAUAUUUAUUUUUUGCUCAAUACUUUAUUUUUUUGUUUGCAAAACCUUCUUUUUUUUGCUAGUAUAUAUAGCCAUAAAUUGACUUGAACCUUUGUCCUGAAUUUUAUAAACCACCACGGUUUUAUCUUAAUUUUUAAUGUUCUACAGAAACAAAAAGAUCUCAGAUGGACUACGAGUGAGUAAACAAACAGCCACUUUACAUUUUUAGGUGAACUUUCCCUUUAAAUGCAGCAAAUAAAGUGUGUGUUUCUAUCUCUACUAUACAAAGGAAGCCACAAGAUGAGCAAACACACUCUCAAAUGCUAAUUAUUAAGUUACUAUAACAUUAGUGGGCUUUAAAUCUUUCCAUCCUGAAGGCCAUGUUUCACUAUUUCUGUUAAACCUUAUAGAGCAGUGUGGUUUGAAGUCAUAGCGUAUAUCGUGUGUCUCUGAGAUGUUAAGUUGUCAUUUAAGAGUGGUGAAAAGGUGAAAGUAAUGUCUAUUUGAAUAUUUAAGAUUAUUAGCAGUACAGAAGCACUACAUAUCUCAGGCAGCAAGAGCAAGUUAUACUGACAAGAGUUCAUGAGUUAUGCGUAUUUGAAGCAUGAAGGAAGAGUUGCUUCAUGUGGCCUGAUUUGAUCAUACAUUACAUUUCAGACGUUAACAGUGUUGGGAACAACAAUCCGGUUUAUUUAUUGUUGUCAAUGAGGAAUUUAUAAUGUCUUUUAUUGAUAUUAU